AGUGGCGUGUGAAAGAUCAACGCGUGAACUUCGUAUCGCGGAUCAUCAGUGAGCUGCUGGUGUUGGAGGCAGAAAAACUCCCUGAAUGCUGUAUGAAUAUUACUUGGUGUGUAUGUCUGGUAGGUGGUAGCUCGACAGUUCACGGCCAGACAGAUUGCAAAACAUUAUCUGAGCUCACUGAGAAUGGCAUAUCAUUAAACGGCCUAUCGAACACUCGCAGCAUUCGCCUGAUGACCACAGCGUAGUGAACAUCUUGGUUUCUGGUGGUACAUUUAAGUUCAUGCUUCUGGACUCCAUUCAUAUUGCCGUAAGAAAGAACGAUGUCCAGAAUUUCAACCUUCGUCACAGAUUACUACGAUUAUGUAACUUACAAACUUGCUGACCAGCGCGUGAAGGACUGGCCGCUGUUGGGCAGUCCCGUGCCCUUGCUGCUGAUCGUCGGCACGUACCUGUACGUCAUCCGGGUGGCCGGGCCCUGGUUCAUGAGGAACAGGAAGCCCUACGCCCUCAAGAACGUCAUCGUCGCCUACAACGUCUUCCAGGUGUUGGCCAACGCCUACAUCGCGUUCGGCAUGUUAACAUCAGGGUGGAUUGGAAAUCCAAACGUCACAUGUUUCCCGCCCGACUAUUCUCACAAUCCUACGGCGAUGAGGAUGGCGAAAAUGGUGUGGUACAUGAUGGUUCUGAAAGUGUUGGAUUUCCUGGAAACGGGAUUUUUUAUCCUCCGGAAGAAAGAAAACCAAGCCUCGUUCCUGCAUGUGUACCAUCAUGUCUCCACCGUCAUGCUCGCCUACCUCACAGCCAAGUAUAUUCCAGCGGCGCGCGGGCGCGUGUCGGCAGGCGGAGGGGUGACCUUCCAGCUGAUCCUGAACUGCUCGGUGCACGUGGUCAUGUACUCGUACUACCUGUUGUCGCUGGUGGGGCCCGACGUGCCCUUGCUGCGCUCCUUCGUCAGGUCCGGCUACAUGACCACCUUCAAGAAGUCGCUCACCACCAUCCAGAUGGUGCAGUUCGUCAUCAUGAUUCUGUAUUGCUUGUAUUUGAUCUUCAACUUUUCCUGCCCAACGCCAACUAUAAUACAUCACCUUUUGUUAUUGGAUGUCAUUUACAUAUUCUACCUGUUUUACGACUUCUAUAAAGCUACAUAUUUAUCAAAGAAAGCUAGCUAAACUUAAUUUAACAUGCAUUACUUAUUUCAUAAAGACAAUAUUUUUAAAACAAUGGUUUGCGAACUAGAAACGUUUAAAAACUAUCUGUGAUAAGUUCUUGUUUAGGGUUUAUCUAUAAGAUUUUUAAUAUAUACUAUAAGUUGUAAAUAAUUAUAGAUUAUAACUAAACAAUUUGUUUGUCAAUAAAUAAUUUAACAA